GCAGGCAGCAGCUGCAGCGAGAGGAGCCGGGUGCCGUUACUCUGCAUUAAAACAUUCAUAUUACGAUUUUUAGCUCUGAAACACACAGGCCGGCAACACACACAUCUAAAAUGGUAGACCGCGAGCAACUGGUGCAGAAAGCCAGGCUGGCCGAGCAGGCAGAGAGGUAUGAUGAUAUGGCAGCUGCCAUGAAAUCGGUCACAGAGCUGAACGAAGCACUGUCCAAUGAGGAGAGGAACCUGCUCUCUGUGGCCUAUAAGAAUGUGGUUGGGGCGAGGCGUUCAUCCUGGCGCGUCAUCUCCAGCAUUGAGCAGAAGACGUCGGCCGACGGUAACGAGAAGAAGAUCGAGAUGGUGCGGGCCUACCGGGAAAAGAUCGAGAAAGAGCUGGAGGCCGUCUGCCAGGACGUGCUCAACCUCCUCGACAACUUCCUGAUCAAGAACUGCAACGAAACGCAGCACGAGAGCAAGGUGUUCUACCUUAAGAUGAAGGGCGACUACUAUCGCUACCUGGCCGAGGUGGCCACGGGGGAGAAGAGAGCCUCGGUGGUGGAGUCCUCUGAGAAGUCCUACAGCGAGGCCCACGAGAUCAGCAAGGAGCACAUGCAGCCCACCCAUCCCAUCCGCCUGGGCCUGGCUCUCAAUUACUCCGUCUUCUACUACGAGAUUCAGAACGCCCCGGAGCAGGCGUGCCACCUGGCCAAGACCGCCUUCGACGACGCCAUCGCCGAGCUGGACACCCUCAACGAGGACUCCUACAAAGACUCCACUCUCAUCAUGCAGCUGCUACGAGACAACUUGACGCUGUGGACGAGCGACCAGCAGGACGACGAGGGAGGCGAGGGCAACAAUUAAAGAGUCCAAAACUUCAUUCUGCCAAAACAACACAAGCGCUCUCACAAAUGAUGACAAAAUAAUAAUAAUACUUAAAGUUCUUAGAAAUAAAUAAAAAAAAA